UGGGCACUGGUGGGUGCACUGCUGGGCACAGGUGGGCGCACUGCAGGGAACAGGUGGGUGGCACUGCUGGGCACAGGUGGGUGGCACUGCUGGGCACAGGUGGGUGGCACUGCUGGGCACAGGUGGGUGGCACUGCUGGGCACUUGUGUCUGGCACGGCUGGGCACAGGUAGGUGGCACUGGUGGAUGGCACUUCUGGGCACUGAUCAUCAGGGCACUAAUCAUCAGUGCCCUGAUGAUCAGUACCGAUCUGUCCUCUGACAAUUGCUGGUUAUCGGCAGUACUUUCCUCACGCUGUGACAGCGUAAAGAAAGUGCAGCUGAUGACUGGCAACUGC